AUGGCUGCGGCGUUGGAAGCUCCCGCGGCCUUAGCGACCGCCGAGACCGCGAUGGCCGCGGAGCGUGUAGCCGCGUCCCCCGAGCCGACCCUCGGGUCUGUGCGGAACCUGAGGACCGCUCACGACAUCGGCGGGCCGCGGACCCGCACGGGGGACGUGCUGCUGGCAGAGCCGGCGGACUUCGAGUCGCUGCUGCUGUCGCGGCCGGUGCUGGAGGGGCUGCGGGCCGCGGGCUUCGAGAGACCGUCGCCGGUGCAGCUCAAGGCCAUCCCGCUGGGGCGUUGCGGGCUCGACUUAAUUGUUCAAGCUAAGUCUGGCACUGGGAAAACCUGUGUAUUCUCCACCAUCGCUUUGGACUCUCUUAUUCUUGAAAGCUACAGUACUCAGAUUUUGAUCUUGGCUCCUACAAGAGAAAUUGCUGUACAGAUACAUUCUGUUAUCACAUCCAUUGGAAUAAAAAUGGAAGGUUUAGAGUGUCAUGUUUUUAUUGGAGGGACUCCAUUAUCACAAGACAAAGCUAGACUUAAAAAGUGUCAUAUUGCUGUUGGCUCUCCUGGCAGAAUUAAACAGCUCAUAGAACUUGACUAUUUGAAUCCAGGCAGUAUACGUCUCUUUAUUCUUGAUGAAGCCGAUAAGCUUUUAGAAGAAGGCAGCUUCCAGGAGCAAAUAAAUUGGAUUUUUUCUUCCUUACCUGCCAGUAAACAGAUGUUGGCGGUAUCAGCUACUUACCCUGAGUUUUUGGCUAAUGCUUUGACAAGAUAUAUGAGAGAUCCUACUUUCGUAAGAUUGAAUUCCAGUAAUCCAAGUCUCAUAGGUCUGAAGCAGUAUUACAAAGUUGUCAGUUCAUACCCUUUAGCCCAUAAGAUUUUUGAAGAAAAGGCUCUUCAUUUACAGGAAUUGUUCAGCAGAAUUCCAUUUAAUCAAGCUUUAGUCUUUUCUAAUUUGCAUAGCAGAGCUCAACAUUUGGCUGAUAUUCUUUCUUCUAAAGGCUUUCCUGCUGAGUGCAUAUCAGGCAACAUGAAUCAGAAUCAGCGUCUUGAUGCCAUGGCAAAGCUGAAGCAGUUUCAUUGCAGAGUCCUCAUUUCUACAGAUUUGACUUCCCGUGGCAUUGAUGCUGAGAAGGUGAAUCUGGUUGUCAAUCUGGAUGUACCAUUGGACUGGGAGACAUACAUGCAUCGGAUUGGUAGAGCUGGUCGCUUUGGUACAUUAGGACUGACAGUAACCUACUGUUGCCGGGGAGAGGAAGAAAAUAUGAUGAUGAAAAUUGCCCAGAAAUGUAAUAUAAAUCUUCUCCCUUUACCAGAUCCCAUUCCUCCUAGUCUGAUGGAAGAAUGUUUGGAUUGGGAUGUGGAGGUGAAAGCUGCUAUGCAUACGUAUGGUUUAGCAAGUCUACCAAACCAACCACCCAAAAAGCAAACUCAAAAAGUAGAGAGGACCUUUCAAACUCCAAAAGCUCAUGGUAACCACAUGACUUCCUCUAGACAUACUACUGUAUCUACACUAUCAGUCAAAUCAAAAAAUGCCAAACAAAAACUUCCUGCGAAAAGCCAUUCAGAGUGUGGAAUCAUAGAAAAGGCUAUGUCACCGAAAGAACCAGGGCAUGGCAUACAAUUGGAAGAACAAAUGAAGAAUUCUGUUCAGCCUCCUGCUGAAAACGCCACCAGUAGUCAGCAUCAGGACAAACAAGCUUUACCUGAGUCACUCCCCAAAAUUCCUUGUUUGUCAUCCUUUAAGAUCCAACAGCCAUGUACUUUGACUUUUGCAGAACUGGUGGAAGAUUAUGAGCAUUAUAUUAAGGAGGGGUUGGAGAAACCUGUGGAAAUUAUCAGGCACUACACAGGUCCUGGGGAUCAGACUGUGAACCCUCAAAAUGGUUUUGUGAGAAACAGAGUUUCUGAAGAUAGAGUACAGAUGUUGGCAAGUAGUAGCCAGUCCGGAGACUCGGAGAGUGACAGUGAUUCCUACAGCUCCAGGACCUCUUCCCAGAGCAAAGGAAACAAGUCCUACUUAGAAGGCUCUUCUGAUACUCAGCUGAAAGACUCUGAAUCUACUCCUGUGAAUGGCCAUACCUCUUUGGAACAACCUUUGAAUGGAAAAGACAUUCCUACUCCAGGAGAGUUACCUGAAAUCCAGAUAAAGGCAAGGCAUAAAGAAGGGUCUAACCAGAGAUCUAAGCAAAGCCGGAGAAACUUACCCAGGCGUUCUUCAUAUCGAUUACAGACAGAACCCCAGGAAGACGGUUGGUAUGACAGCCAUAGGGAAACCCAUCCGAGUUUUUCUGAUACCUACCAGGAUUAUGAGGAGUACUGGAGAGCUUACUACAGGGCAUGGCAAGAAUAUUACGCUGCUGCAUCUCAGUCAUACUAUUGGAAUGCCCAGAGACAUCCGAGUUGGAUGGCUGCCUAUCAUAUGAAUACUGUUUAUCUACAAGAAAUGAUGCAUGGUAACCAGUGAUUCUAGGAUUUACUUGGUGAGAGGAACAAACAAUUGAUAGUUGGAUAUCCAUUCUCCUUCACCUAGAGCAGAGUAGCAUAUAGAUGCAUAUUUGAGGAACUUGAAAAGAUUCAAGGCUUUCCACUGGGACACAUCUAUUUUUCAGAUUAUUUUGACUUGCUCCAGGUAUAUUACCUCUCUUUUUGAAAGAAACUUCAUCAAAUUCUCAAAAGACAGUUUUGGGGACAAACAACAAAGAUCCCAAGGUGCCAUUUUCUGGAAGCUGUUUCCAAAAGAAACAUUUAAAAAGAUGACAUAUAUACCACUGUUUACUUAAAUAAAACAGCUAAGAUUUGAAAGUAA